AUGGGGCUGAGCGGCUGGCUGAGGAGCGUGUGCUGCUGCUGCUGCCCGUGCCAGUGCCCGGAGGAGCCCGCCCUGCCCGAGAAGGAGCCCCUGAUCCGUGGCAACAAUCCGUAUUCUUCAUUUGGAACAACUUUAGCAAGGGAUGAUGAGAAGAACUUGUGGAGUCUGCCUCAUGACGCAUCGCACACAGAGGCUGACGACGACAGAAUCCUGUACAACUUGAUAGUCAUUCGUAAUCAGCAGGUCAAGGACUCCGAGGAGUGGCAGAAACUCAACUAUGACAUCUAUUCCUUGCGGCAGAUUCGAAGGGAAGUGAGAAACAGGUGGAAACGCAUUUUAGAAGACUUGGGUUUUCAAAAGGAAGCAGACUCUCUGUUGUCUGUGACCAAACUCAGCACCCUCAGUGAUUCCAAAAACACCAGGAAGGCUCGAGAGAUGCUGUUAAAACUGGCUGAAGAGACCAACAUUUUCCCAACCAGUUGGGAACUCUCAGAAAGAUACCUCUUUGUUGUGGAUCGUCUCAUUACUCUUGAUGCUGCAGAAGAAUUCUUUAAAAUUGCCAGUCAGGCUUACCCCAAGAAGCCUGGGGUCCCUUGCCUGGCAGAUGGCCGGAAAGGAAUGCACUAUUGUCCAUUUCCAAGUCCCUAAAGGAAUGCUCAGAGGAAGAAUGGCAGUUCUUCCAUUGCGAUUCAACAGCCAUACAAAUGGGACAACUGUGUUGAAGAGAGUGAACAAGGACAGGGCUGGCUAAGUGAAAAAUGCUUCUGAAUCCUGCAAAUGUGCGAGGCCUUCCUGAAGACCCUACUCCGUGAAACGCUCUGGUUACACUGUGGCCUGGCAGACUUACAUCUAACAGGCAAGCUGGGCAAUGAGAUUGUUCAUUACAGAUGUGGAAGUUCCAAAAGUCCAUUGUCCCAGUUGGAAUUGUGCAAUAGGCUCCAAUAAUUAAUCCUGUUGGGAAAGUGGGUUGUUCUAAUUAAUAAUAAAAUAGGAUCAAUUGAACCCAACAUAGGCUACCAAUUUUAAAAUGAUUGUGAAAUAUGGACCAAUCCCCAGCAACAGCCGUCAUAUAACCUCUGAUUGGGAGAACCCUGGAAUGUGUCACGGUAUCACUUUUAGUAUCAGCUGUAAUGAUUCAGAAGCAGAGGUAGCAGAGAAUGGCAACGUCUACACAUACUGCUUGGAUGUGAAUUUCAAGUAGGACUCCUCAGUGGAGCUGCUUGAGGCUGCCUGUAAGACAUUCUGUCUUCAUCCUGGUACAUACAUUGUAAAUUCCCCAUGCUAUUAAUGUCUAGUUACCUCAUUUUUGCACAUUAUCCAUUUCUGGUCUGAAAGCCCUUCAGAUUUUAUCUGGGAUAACAUCUACAAAU